AUGCCGGUGACCGAGCUCGCUCUCUUACGCCUCAAAACUCAAGAGCCAUCGGCCUCCCUGAAGAACAGCUUGCACGAGGCACGAGAAGCGCAAACAAAAUGGUCCAAAUACCCGGUCCGAUUCUAUCGACAGGUUGAGGACUCCGCCUACUUCUAUCUCUCUGGAGGAUGGAAUUCCGUCGAGGCACAUUGUGGAGAGUGGAUCAUAUCCGAGACGAACCAGAAGGCUCUGGGGCAAUUGAAAGAUGAUAUUGACAUUGAGUGGAUGUUUCACCUGGACAUUGAUCCUUCCACAUUCAACUCGAAGAUUCCGUACAACGCGCCUGUCAUAGCGAUCAGCAGAUACUUUGUCGAAGCAAACAGAAAAACAGAGUUCGACAGUAUCAUGAAAGCAGGUGUUCCUCACCUUGAGAGAUACACAACUCCUUUUACCUACUCUGGGGGCUGGCGCAUUGACAAAGAAGGCGAAGAUGAGGAGUUCGUGCUAUUCAGCGGCUGGAACAAAGUCGAAGACCACUUUGGCUUCGCUAGCUCCGAGGCUUUUGAGGAAUUUGGAAAGAUCAAAAACGCCCUGAAGGGCGCAGAUAUCAAGCACGUAAGGAUAGAGAAGUGGGAAUGA